GUCUGAAUAUUUGAAAUUCAAAAUUCUCGCGGUUUUUUUCUUUUAUGUACUGCACUGUAGUAUACUAAAUUAACAUAAUAAUAAAAUAGAUACAAAAUAAUAAAAGAAAAAUGUACAAUAUUUUAAAAUUGUCACAAUUAGAAAUAUAAAAAAAAAUACAAGUACAAAGAUCACUAGUUCAUAAAUAACACCUUUUGUUGGAGAAAAGUUAAUUUAACCCAUGGAUUUAAAGAAAGAUAUUUAGAAUAGUUUUUCGACCAUUUAACCCGUCUAGCGGAAGCAUGCGCGUAAAAAAAUAUAAGUUUAUUACAAUUAGUUAACGUUCACGUUUUUAAAUAGACAUUCAUAAUUCAAAAUGUCAAAAGAAAGUACUACGUAGCAUGAUUAAUCCCUAAACUUCCUAAUCACUAAAUAAUUUAAAUUCAAUUUCAGCGACAAGAAUGAAUUUUAGAUCAAAUGGUAGAAAGCAAAAUAAAUUUAUAGUAGUAAUCUUAAUUCUUGUAUCGUUCUACAUAGGCAGCUCAACUUCGCUUAUUCAAAGCAAUAAGCGAACGAACGAAAACGACUCGAUUUCGAGAUCGUGAAGGGAAUUGCUGUCAGUAAUUAUAAACAUACAUACAUUACAUACAUAGAAACAAAAUUCCUAUAGCUUAGGAUUCAUAGUCACUUUAAAAUCUUUCUAAUCUGUGAUUAUGUUAUUUUCUAAGCUGUAUGAGCCAUGCUCUUUGCCUGUCCAUUGUUGGACGAAUUUUAAAACAACAACAAUUGUAAUCAUAACUUUAAAAAAAUCAUAACAUAACCUAUACUGUUCUUCCAAUGAAUUACACUUAACUAAACAUUUAUAUUUAACAAUAAUGUUUUGGAUUACCAAGUAAAAAAAGUAAAUGUAUACAAAUAUUGUAUAAAUUAUGGCAGGUAGAGGUAGAGGACGCGGAAGUGGUUUGUCUUUAACCCAAGAACAAUAUCAAGCGCUCGGAAUUACUCGUGGUGACAACACUCCUGCACCUCUUGCUCCUCCACCCUUAUUUCCAAAACUAGAAACAAAACCGCUGCCAUUAACAUGCGAUGCCACAACAGAUUAUAUGUUAAUCGUAAAAGAUCAAUUUAUAGAAUAUUUACACGAGUCACCUGCUUAUGUAAAACUCCAAGCAAGAACGGAUGGUAUUGAACGAUAUUCUGAUAAAUACAAAUUGUUAUCACUAAACGCAAAACAAGGUAAGGUAUUGGACUGCGUGUGGAAUCGUAUGCCCUCAGAAUUAAGACCUCAAACGGCACGCGUUCGAGUUGUUCGUAAAAGAAAACUUAAUGACACAACUGAUAUAUCUAAAAGAUUAGAAACACUUGAAAGCAAAGAAUUGCAAGAAGAAUCUGGUGAGACUACAGUAGUAAAUGAAAAUGAAGAUGUGAAAAAAGAUGCUAUGGAAGAAGAAGAAUUAGAAGAUGAGGAAGAACAGGACUAUGAAGUAGAUGAUGGAACAGAUUAUGCAAACAAUUAUUUUGAUAAUGGGGAGGAUUAUGAUGAAGAGGAUGAUAAUCUAGAUGAUGGUCCAGUAUACUGAAAUAAGUAACAACUAAUGUUGUAUAUGUAAUAAAAUAUAAAUAAUAUUACUUUAAAA